UAUUUUACUAUCUGUGAUUAUAUGCAUUUCUUUAGUUGAUCUCUGUUUUUGGUUUACAAAGUCGUCAAAGUCAAAAAAUUAAAAAAUAAGAUAAAAAGAUGAAUAAUGUGAAUGACCACUUACGCACUAUAAUCCAUGUUGACAUAGAUUGCUUUUAUGCCCAAGUUGAAAUGAUUAAAAAUCCAUCUCUAAUGAAUCUACCUCUAGGAAUACAACAAAAAAAUAUUGUAGUCACAAGUAACUAUGUUGCAAGGCAAUAUGGUGUACAAAAGUGCAUGAAAAUUAGUGAUGCAAGGAAAAUAUGUUCUGAUCUAGUGUUGGUUAAUGGAGAAGAUCUUCACGAUUAUAGGCAGAUGUCGUACAAUGUUACAGCUUGUCUACGUAACUACUCAGAUUUAGUUGAAAGGCUUGGAUUGGAUGAGAAUUUCUUAGAUAUUACUCACUUAGUAAAAGAAAAAUUGCAUAGCAAUGGUUCAAUAAAUUCAUUUGGCAAUGUUUUUGGUGACACAAGCAUGUUAUGUGAUUGUGGCUGCACAGAGCGACUUAAGCUAGGAUCUCAGAUUGCACAGGAAAUAAGAGAUAGGUUAAGAAAUGAAUUAGGUUUAACCACUUGUGCUGGUAUUGCACAUAAUAAACUAAUUGCAAAAAUUGCUUGUAGUAAAAAUAAACCAAACAAACAAACAAUUGUAUUCCCUAAUUGUGCAUAUGAGUUAUUACUUAGCCUAGAGUCUGUUGCAAAUAUACCAUGGCUUGGUCAUGUCACCGCCCAACUAUUAGCCCAACAUAAUAUAACAAAAGUGGAAGAAUUGCAAAAUACCAGCAUUGACUUAUUAAAAACAAUUCUUGGGUGUGAUAGGGCCAAAUUUGUACGAGAUUUAAGUUUGGGCAAUGAUCUAUCUCCUGUUAAAAUAAGUGGAAAGCCGCAGAGUAUUGGAAUAGAAGAUAGUUGCAAAGCAAUUUCAAUUGAGAAGGAAAUAGAGGAAAAAUUGAGACAGUUGUUGAAUAGGCUAUUAGUACUAGUCGCUGAAGAUGGCCGAAUACCAAAAACUCUUAAAAUAACAGUGCGGAAAUAUGACAAACAUAAUUCUCAUUUAAGUGGUAGAGAAUCCAGGCAGUGCAACAUUAGUACAUCACUAUUCAAUAACUUAAAAAUGACAGAAGUUAAUAAAAAUAAGCUCAUAAGUAUUAUUAUGAUUCUCUUUAAAAAAAUUGUUGAUACAAAGAAGACAUUUCACAUUACUCUAUUGGGAUUAUCAUUUACCAAAUUUGUUGAAAAACCUAAUACCAAUAUUCUAAAAAAAUUUUUGUCUAGAAACAUUGAAGUUCAAUCUGUUACAGAUUUUGCAAACACUCGGGAAGAGUGUUGCACUCCUACAAAAGUAGCGUCAACUUCAUAUGUACUAGAUAGUCCAGAAUUUGAACUUGGACCAAUUCCCAAACGAGGCAAGUUUCAAAAACUUGGUACCAAGAGAAAUUUGACUAAUGAUUUGGAUGAUAUUGAAGCACCAUCAAAGCUAAAGGUAGCUGAAUUGAGAUUAAACUCGAGUGAUAGUUUGCCUGAUACAAAUCAUAAUAUUUCAUGCCCUCCAAAUGUUAAUGAAGAGGUAUUUAGAGAACUACCAAGAGAAGUUCAAGUGGAGUUAUGGGAAAACUACCGCCAAACUAAAGAUAGGGACAAACAAUUAAUUAGCCGUCUCGGUAAACGAACCAAGACUAACAGCAUACUUCACUACAUGAUCCAUAAAUGACAUUCCCAUUUGCUGCUGGCAUGUAUUUUUUCAAAUGUUUAAAUAUAUAUUUUUUUACCAUCUCUAUUUAUUUCAAGAAAAUAUUUUUAUAGGUGUAUGUAUAGAGGGUUAUUUCAUGGGUGAAGCUGGGUAAAAAUAUGCUUCGAACUUCUGCAAACUUGUCGAAAAUUAAACAGGAUUAUUCCGAUUCAUUCCUUGGAACAUACUCGCGUCCUAUGUUUCAAUGGAAUGAUUUUGGAUUUUUUUGUCGCAACUAUUUCACUCGCAAGUGCGCCGUUUCAUGUUUACAGAAAUUCUUGAUUUUGUCAUUUUAAGGUAGAUUUUGAAUCUAUAAAAACUCUUCGUCACGUCUCUUUUUUAAAGAUUUUCCCAAUAAGUCUGUCAUAUAAAGAUAUAAAGAUUUCUUGGAGGAAUCGUAUGCAAAUAUUUAUAAACCAUUUUUCUUAAAUUUCCAAAAUGUAAGCUUGCCGAGUAAACAAGCAAAAACUAAUCAAAUGACGAAAAACUAAAUAAAAACAUUUUUGUUAAGUAUCUCCAAUCUAAUAAUUAGAAACGCCGUUUUAAAAAAAAAUCCUUGAAAAUAAAAAUUUAUUCGAAGCUUACAGUGGAUGGAUUUCCGUUCACGUAUGUUACGGGAGAUCAAUAUUCAGCCGCACCUAGACCUACCCGUUCAUACCGCGUUUGCUUUAAAUUAUACAGAAUAAUGUAAGAGGAGGUGGCUCCCCUUGCAUAUCAUUUCAUUUUUAGAUUCUACGAUUGUAUUUCGCGCUUUUUCUAUUGUUACCGUGUUCCCGAGUUCACAGAAGGCUUUGGCGUUUGACAAGAAGGAGUCUUCUGUCUUGAUUGAUUGAUUAUUGACUUUGAAAAAAUAUAGUUGGAAAGAAACUAAAGCGAAAUGAAAAUGAUGUUUUACAAAGUUCAUGUGUGAAACUUAAUUUUCAUUUUAAAGACCGUAAGAGAUGGGUACAGGGACACUUGAAUAUAUUGAGUUAGUUUAAAGCACAGCAAUCUUAAGAUUUCUUCAAGCAUCAAGGAAAUUAUUUAUAAUUUAAGUAUAGGGAAACCUGAACAAAAUCUACUACUACAGGGAGUAACGUUUAAACUAAGCAAGAUGUUGCCACAUUUAUAUAGAAGCGGCCACACUGCACACUUGAAAAUAUGUUAGAUCACCCUGUAUAAUUUGAAGUAAAUCCGUUCGUCAGAUACUUCUAAUAUGUUUCGCAGUGUGAUUAAAUGCGAACUAUUGUUCACAGUGACCCUCUCUUUAAUACCCAUUUUUUUACAAUGCCUGUAAAUCAUAUAUUGAGUAAUUUUUAUAUAUUUUGGGUCCGUAACCCUUCUGGUAAGAUAAUUUAGUGUGGGACGUCAUUAAUCCGAAUUCGCGAUAGUCCGAAAUAAUUUCGUUGCUCGAUCAUCCAAAAUAGUAUUGCGUCAUACGUUGUAGGAUUGGGUAGGUAUACGUAUAAGGAAUCGAAGAAAUUGCUGAAUGUGAAUUCUCAUCAACAAUACAUCUGACCCAAGACGAGCAACCAA